UGUGUAAACAAAUGUCAUCACUGUUUGGCACGAACUGGAAGAAGUUGUAAUUUAGCAAGCUUUUAUUGCUGGUCUCGUAAAAAUGUUCCUGCAUAAUCAUUCAAAGUAUUAUCAGCCCAAGUAUUAAAUUUAGUGAAUUUCCGGUUCAAGGAGAGUUGAAUGAAGAGCUUAUGGGAACAGUUUGCAGAAAUAUAGACAUUUGUCCUCGUAACUAAUAGUAGACCGGAAUGAGCAGCCGGAGGAACUGUUGCAGACUAUGUCUGUCACCAGAAGAAGAAUGUGUGCCGAUUUUUUGCAAUUUUGCAGCCGACCGGCAACGGUUAGAUCUAAAGAUCUUUUCAUGUGUAAAAAUAAAGGUAAUAAAGGGCGAUGGACUAUCCACGGAGAUAUGUCAUGCUUGCAUAAGUUACUUAAACUCUUGGCAGAGUUUCAAAAAUCGUUGUGAUGCUGCAGAAGAAAAACAGAAAAUAUGGAUAUCUACCAACCUCGGUGUCAGUGAGCGAAAUGGUGAAGUACAACAGAUCAAUCACUCGCGCCCGGAAGAUAUGAAUGUACGUACUCCAAAAGCAAUAAUCGAAAAACCUACGGUUCAAGAGGAAACAUCACAAUCUGGCACGGAACAAACACAUAGCGAAUACACAAGCAAAAUUGGAUCCUCGUGUGUCAUCAAAGAAGAACCUAACGAUGUAGAUCCUGAUGAUGAGCGAAAUGUGGUAAUGGAAUUGGAUCCAUCUCAAUUUUUACUACAAUCACAAAACGACGAUGAUUACGAUGAACAGAAGUCGAUCGAUCGAGAUUCUAGCAUCAAUUUGUCUAUGAAACAUGAGCCUUUAAUACUUGCUUCGCUUGGUUUACAUCAUAUUAAUUCUACCGACCUCUUCGAAAAUAUAUCCGAUAAUGAGAAUGAAGAUGAGGAUAAUCAAAAACAAAGUCUUGCUUCUUGUUCGGUGUGUGAUAUGACUUUUUCGAAUCGUGCCAACGCACGACGGCAUGAACGUAAUAUUCACGGACUGAGACAGAAUCCGUCUAACCCAUUAUUAGCGCAAGGUUACGAAGAUGGUUUACAAACCAGCUCAAACAAUGACACAGCGACGUUGUCUAUGCCUACUGCUAUGCCUAACAUCGAUUUGCAGCAAAAGUAUAAAGUGAAGUUGAAAACUAAAGGAGAAACAUACGAUUAUGAUAAUCCGGCUAAAUAUCGCCAUUUGGUAACUCCCAAUAGACUGGCAUUCAUUUUACGUAACCUAGAUUUCCUGAAACAGGCACAACAUAUGAAGUGCAACUGUUGUAAUAAAACCUAUCCAUCAUAUAAAUAUUUCAUGGGUCAUAUGCGGAAAAAAUAUCCAAAUCUACCAAGAAACGUUUGCUUCAAAUGCUUAAGACAAUUUAGUAGUAAAGGUCAGUUCAUUGGCCAUUUAAAGCGAAAGAACUGUAUAAAUUUAUACGCAAUAGUAAUGGCAGACGAUGGCAUUUCUAAAGUACCCAUUGAAAAUGUGUCUCUUGCAAUACCGGGCUCAGAAGAAGUGAUCUUCAAUAAAAAUUACGGAUGUAAAAUUUGUAAAAAGGAAUUUAAACCGAAAAUUGAUCUACGGCAGCAUGUGCUAGAUGCACAUUCGGAAAUACCGAACAAUCAGAAAUUUUCGAAUCCUGUUUGCGUAUUUUGUACCGAAACAUUCGAUGAUCUUGUGUUACGCCAGAAACAUUACAUCAAUCUGGAUUGUACAAUGUUCAUUGUUUGUUCGUGUGGGAAACACUUCGACGAUUAUACUGCUUACGUCGACCACGUCUAUCAGCAACAUGUACCACCUCAGCUUAUCGGCCAAGAUGAAUAUGGCUAUGAAUUAUUCGACCAAGAUGGCAAUUCAUCCUCACAUCUACGCAAUCCUCAAAACUGUCCAGUAUGUAACAAGCAGUAUAAUAACUAUUAUAAUGUUCUUCGGCAUAUGGAAUCAAAACAUCCGAAUCAAUUGCCUCAAAUCUAUCAAUGUACUCUGUGCUCGGAAGGAUUUCCUAGGCAGUCCGAGCUUCGAGAUCAUUUGCAUCGUACCCACGGCGAAACGGAACACCGUCAACGUAGACAGUCUCUCAGCCAACAUCAUCCACCGUUUAUGGGUGACAAGGUUAAGACAAGUUUCGUUUGUAAAGAAUGCGGUCAGACGUUUGCCAAAUUGUUAGAAUGGAUCAAUCAUCAAGGCGAAGAUCAUUUGAGAUUUAACUGUAACAAGUGUGAUCUACAAACCGAUGAUAAAGAGGCUUUCGUAAAUCAUUGCUCUUCGGAACAUCAGAAUUUCAUUCCAGGCGUUCCAAAAGUUCAGUUCUACUCGUGCCGUCAAUGUUCAAGUACUUACAGUUCAAUUGAUAAUUUGCAAAAGCAUUUGCAAACGGAUCAUAUUAUUGACUCGGGGGGCCCUCAUGAUGAGAACGUUCGAAACGGAGCCGAAUCCGAGCCCGACACACAUCUCACACUUUCCGACGAUCUCAAUAAAACUGUAAGCAGUGUGUUAAAAUGUGGAUUAUGUGCGUUCGUAUUGACGGAUAUAGACGCACUUCGGAAUCACAUGGGUGAAGUUCAUGGAAUGGACAAAAAAUUCUUUUACUGCAAUCACUGUAACGCUAAGUUUAUGAAUGAUAAAGGACUUCGAGUUCAUCUGUUUAGAUUGCAUGGAAUCCGUGACGAAACUAUUCCGUUGAAUGCUGGGCCAUCGCUACUGAAAUCAGUUCAACCUACAUCGGGGCAACAAACGAAUUCUCCAUCAAGUAAUGACGAAGAUCCUAGAGAGAAAGAUUCUCCACAGAACGAAUGUAGUUUGUGCCAUACGGUUUACAAAAACAAUGAUCAAUUGAAACUACACAUGAAGUUGGUUCAUGUUGAUGCGGCCAACAUAGAGGAACUUGUAACCCAUGAUUCCACAGUAACUACAACAACACAACCUUCUCUAUGGUUCCAAUGUCGGUACUGCCCUGAGAGUUUUAAUACUAGUAAAAAGCUGACUCUCCAUAUGAACACACAUGAUAAACACGACAAGACUGAUCAUUCAUGUAAAGAUUGUCCAAAAUCCGAAAGUUUUACAUACAGUUCAAAGAAAUCUCUUUGGGUGCAUCGAUAUAAGAAACACCCGAAAGUGGCGGAUGCGUCAUAUUGCGACAUUUGUUCUAAAGUGUUUUUCGACAAAACAGAGCUGUUUCAUCACACUUCACUAGCACACAAAGGAAGCAAGGGCGAAGAAAUUGCUAGUGCUAAUGGUGGAGAGUUCAAUGAAAUGCAUUGUGCAACCGAUGCACUUUUCUCGAUGCUUGAUUCUUCCGAUACUACGCACAAGGUCAAACAUAAAACAGCAGAAGAAACAGUAUACCAGUGUGAUAUGUGUCCCAAGACAUUCUACAUUUUGAACGCUCUUCAAGUACAUCGUGGAUGGCAUUUCCGUUCCCCCGAUGGAAGGAAAGUACGCGAUCCCAAUGACACCUGGCAACCAGAUCAAUUGCCUCCAAGUAAAAUGAAAAGAAUGUCCCAUUCGCAUCGCUCUGUACAUCCACUGCCAGCUACAAAAGUUAUGUCUACUGAAAAAAACUCGCCGACAUGUCCAUAUUGUCAGUCAACAUUCGCUAGUAGCAAUAAUUUGAAAAGACAUAUAGUAGAAGUGCACAAGCGCAUUGAAGCGAGACCAGUGACCACAAACAACGAGUCGUUCAUUGAAAAAUUCCGAGAAUGCACAGCAUGUUCACUAAAAUUCAACACAACCGUCGAGUGGGUAAAUCAUAAACUAACUCAUGCACGUGUACAGAAACCGUCCAAGGACUUAGAGUGGUGUUGUGAAAUUUGCGGUAAAGUUUUCACUAGAAAAGAGAGAUUACUCCAACAUAUAGCAUCUCAUGUUAUCAGUAAAGAUCAUGAUGAUGCUGAUGUAGACGUGGAUCCAGUAUCAGAUAUGGAUGGUCGAAACAUGUUUCAUGACAUUGACGAACAAAAAGGAUCAAUAAGGGUUCGGAAGGAUUUCCAAUCUAAUCAUGCUGUUGAAAUUAAGCCUGAUGAAAUCUUCAUAAGGGAAGUAGAGGAAGAAGAAAUUCAUGACAGCGAGGAUGAAAUUGAUGACGACGAAGAGGAAGAGCUCGACGAAAAUGAUGAAGAAGAUUACGAAAGAACUACAAAUGAUGCAGAAAAAAAGGAACAACAUUCUUGCGAGCUAUGCCAGGUCCACUUUGGGUCAGCCAAUGCUCUACGGCAACAUGUUACGGAACACUUUGUAAAUGGAGGAUUCGGUGAAAACAUUCAAUUAUCACAACAGUCGAAAAAACAUCGGGCAUCCACGGAUUCAACCAGUUCCUCCGGUAGUUCGGACAGAUCAUCCAGUGGUGAAAACAACAGCAGUGAUACAUAAAAUCAUCUAUACCCAAAUAAUUUCUCCUAGUUGAUGACAUUUUAAAUUAUUAUAAUUUUCAAUAUAUUAGCAUGAAACAUUUUGGAUAAAAUUGGGCUCAGAAGGUUGCGUUGCGCGUCGCAUUCAUCGAUUCAAUUUGGAAUUCUGUAAUAAACAUCCAGUAAAACGAAAUAACGAGUUGUUGUGCGGACCGGUGACAUAGUAACAAUUCUCAUUAAAACAAACUUUUAACGCGACGCAGCGUAUAACGCACCAUUCUGAGCCCAGCUCUAAUGUUAAAGAUGUAUCUCCAUAUAGGCGUGUCAUUGUAGUAGACACUGUCCUUUUCUUUCAAGAAUAAAGUACUUGAAAUGCACCACACAAA